GCAAACACGGAACGACAAAGUACUUGAGAUUCCGAAUUAGUUCUAUGCUGUUAAGUUGUGUACCAAGCAUUUACUUUUCCUAUAUAUACUUUCUUUGAUCAGGCUAGCUGUAGUUAAGAUGGCAGGACAUUAUCCAAAUCUCCCCUCUCAGAACUCCGUUUUGGAAAAACCAGCACUAAGUAACGACCCUUUUGCAAACGCUCCGGAGAUGGCAUAUGGUGUUCCCGUGAUUAAUACCAAUACUGUUGUCGGAAAUGGCUUUUGUGUCCCUUAUGAGGUGGAGUUGACUGUCAAAAAGAAACAUCAUGGACUCUUUGCUGCACGUUUUGAAGUUGUAGAUAUUAAUGGACACCUUUUAUUCCAAGUUGAUGGCUCUUGCUCCAACUUCCAGAAAAAGAGAGUCCUGCGUGACCCCAUCGGCCAUCCUAUCCUCACAAUGCGCCAAAAGGUGCUGACACCCCAUCACCGAUGGAUAGUACAUAGAGGAGAAAGCUCAGAGCGAGAAGAUCUCUUAUUCAGCGUGCAGCGUUCUAACCUCAUUCCUAUGAAAACACAGCUUGAUGUCUUCUUGGCAAGUAAUAUUGAUAAACAUGUGUGCAAUUUCCAGGUUAUUGGGUGCUGCUCUUCUCGGUCUUUGAGAGUUUACAGGGGUGAUACAGUGAUUGCAGAGGUACUAGCAGGAUGGGUUCCAUUUUUCAUAUGAAUCGUGUCUUUGAAAUUUGGUUUUAAUUCCCUUCCCUUAUCAUUUGCAACCGCGAAAUAACCCCCUUUUUUAUGU